UGCUCUCUUGAGCUGUUGUUCCUUUCAACAGGGUGUGUUUGAGUAGGAGGCCAAUUCAAAACUCUGCGAAGCUUUAGCGAUAAACGGAGCUAUAGUCAUGUCGUCCCUCUUUGAAGACGUAAAAAACAAAAUGAUUGCUAUUAAGGCAAAGACAGAAGAAGCCGUUGAAAGAGAGCAUGUCGCAAGUUCGCAGCUAAAAAAACAGAAGCUAGAGAUCGCUUCCAAAGAUGACGAAGCUGCGGGAUAUCGAAGACACAUUGAAUUUUUGCGAAAGAAACUCGAAGAGACGCUGGUCGAAACAGACGUAAAGGGAAGUAGACUCAAAGAGCUGAAUGAUAAAGCAGAUGCUGAGGCUGUUAAGGGAAGGGAACUAACUUAUGCCGAAGUAGAAACUGAUGAACAGCUUCGAGAACUCGAACACCAGGUACAAGUGGCACAGUCCGCCGCCGAGACCGCCAAUAUGAGGUUGAACGAAGCCCAGAGAAAGCUAACUGUUAUCGAAAACGAACUGUCUCGCUCGGAAAUUCGCAAGGAUAUGGCAGUGAAGCGAGUAGAGGAAUUGGAAGACAUGAUACGUAAAGCAGGAGAAAAUCUUCGCAAGCUUGAACAAGAAGAUGUGCGUGCUAGCGAGAGAGAAACCGAUAGCCAGCAAAAAAUUCAAAUUUUGGAAGAAGAGCUGAAAGCACGGAUAGAGAAGUGUGAAGAUACUGAGAGAUUGGAGACCACUAAAUUGCGCUUAAUCGACGAUUUGACCACGGACAUAGAGUUCUGGAAUUCAAAGAAGCUCAAACUGCUGAAUGAAAUAGACGCUCUGGAACAUAUGGAUUGAAACUUCUGACUUCUGACCGUAGGAUUGUUUAGUUGAUUCGUGAGCAAGAGAGAAGCGUCGCUUCCAAUAGUUGUUCUUUUAAAUUUAAAAGGAAAUCAGAUAUGGAUUAUAAGAAAGUCAGUUUUGUUUAUAAAAAGGUUUGGAAUACUGCUGUUGCAUGUUGUUUAUGUACGUGAGAGAACUUACAAGUUUUUUAAACAUCUCAUUGACAAGAGCUAUGUACACCAUGCUGUAUUCUAUCCAGGUCUACUUGGAAUUUAUGUUGUGGUGGCCAUGUCGUUGUAAAGAUCUUGUGCUUUUUCAGAAUACGGGAAUACUGUCUUAGCUUGUGUUUGUAUCUUUUGCAAAAAAGGGUUGCCACUUGCAAACAAUUGACCUCAGGUUGAGGAUCAAUUCCAUGAUCAGUGUAAUUGUUUCAGUGUAGGGUGAAAGUUGCAAGACAUAAAGUAUUUCCAAUACGACCUGCAUGGAAUGCAACUUGGUGUAUGCUAAGGACCAUGGAAAUGCAUCUUGGCUGUGUUGUUAUUAUCAUGGAAAACUAAGGAAAGCAUUUCCACAAAAUGCCCCUCACCUAUGUCACAAUGCGAAGGGAAACUAAGAAAGAGAAAUAAGAGUUUCUUCUCUAUAGAUGGUUCUGUUUUCAAUGAUGUUUUAAAGAUUCAAUUUUUAAACAGGAAAAAGUUACAUUGUGAAUCUCGUUGUCUUGUGAAAAAGAUUUAAGGGCCAUGUGCUAAAAGUUUCAAAGAGUAUUUAGUUCUUAUAUUAUGUAACAGCGAUACGUAAUAUUUUCAGAGCUUGGAUGAUUGUUAAGCAUCUAUUACUGUAAUACAUGCUAAGCAACUUGUGUUCAUUUGUAAGCUGUGGCCAAAAAUUAGGCCUUUGAUAUUUCAAGGCAAUUAAAUGGUGUUUAAAACAA